CGCAAAUUAGCGGUGGCAUCAUCAGCAGGCUGAGGCGACGUGACUUCUUUCGUCUCUUAGGUCUCUCAGAUGCCAAAGGAGACUUGUUGAGUGAAGAAAAAUACAAAAAUACUGCCUUCACUGUAGAAUGCAUUACUCUGGAGGAUACCUGAAGUCUUUGGCCGUGAAUAUAGACCAGCUUCAUCAGAUUCAGCGAUAAUGGGCACCUCAACAUUCAGGGGAUGAUACACUUUGAGUGCACUAUGCCUUCAGUCGCCUUCCAGGAUCUCUUCUUGAACAUCUAUAUGGUCAUCUUCGGCACCGGAAUAUCCGUCUUCAUCUUGAGUCUGAUCAUUUGCUGCUGCUUCAUAAGUAAAUUGCGACAACAAGCCCACUGCGAGAGCUUUGGCUACAAAGUGGUUGUAUUCCAAGGUGAAACAAAGCAACUGAAUAUUGUGGGGCAAACAUGUGCUGUAUGUUUGGAGGACUACAGGAUAAAAGAUGAGCUCGGGAUGUUGCCAUGUCAACAUGGAUUUCACAAAAGGUGUCUGGUGAAGUGGCUGGAGGUGCGCUCCGUUUGUCCCAUGUGCAACAAACCACUUGCUGCCCCUGCGGAGCAGCUUGCCAGCAUACUGGAUGAGUUGGUGUAAAUACCUGCCAUGACCAUCUGCUUUAACGGACUACUGACCAUUUUUGCAAGGGGCAUUUUUAGCUUUUUUAAGGCCAACAUGAUACUGCAGUUCUGAAAUGUUCAGCAGACAUUCAGAGCUGGCUGGAAAAAUAGUUCCAUCUAUUGGUUUGGACUUACUGUUCUGAGACAAUUGAGAUUCUGUUCUGCUUGUGAGCUGGGUUGGCUUUUGACCUGAACAUGUUAAAGACACAAAAAGCUGGCAUUUUGGCCUGCUGUCAGUACUAUAUUUAAAUCCAAACCAUUUUUUUUCCAGCUAGGUUUCUCAAACCCAGGACUGCAUAUCAACUGUGUUCCACAGUUUUGUGAGAAAGCCCACUGCAUUUUAUUAACAGGUUUAAGGAGCUGAAUUUCAUUUCCAUGAGAUCACAGGUCUGCUCCACUAGUCUAUGUGCUUAACAGAAUAACACUGCACAGGCAUUAACAUCUGUGGGAGAAAACAGUGCAUAAAAAAAAGAAAAGAAAAAAACUAAACUUUUUCCUGGUUGGUUUCUUGAAUUACAAACAAUGUCAAACACCAAGAGUUUGAUUUGCAAAAGAGCAUUGAGACAAAUCAUCUCAUCCUGCUAGAACUACUGCUGAAUCUCUUUUUAAAGUAUAGUGCUGUUAACACUGUUCACGCUGCUCCCUACUGGAUAACAGGAAGAACUGCAAUAGCACACCAGCACACCUGAAAUCAAGAUUUAAUAAUAUUUGCUCCCAGAAAACUUAGAGAACAGGAAUGAUGUUUUGUGGUUUGAAGGCUUUUAGAAACCUAAACCACUUGAAGAAAUAUACUGUGAUCAAUUUAAAGACAGUCAUACAAAAUAAUCUCGUAUAAGGAAUCUUGUUCCAACUUUAAUAUUUACUUUGUUAAACAAAUGUACUCGCUGUUAAUACAGAAAACGAUGCCAUGAUACAUGGAACAAGUAUUUCUUAAGGAGAGAAACUGCUUAGAAAAUAAUAAUAAAAAAAAUGGGGGGAAACCAAAAGAA